UAAAAAUUCUGAAUUUUAUUUUUUGUAGCAUGAAUGUUCAGGAUAUAAUUACACUUAAUGGUAGGAGAUUCAAUUUUUCUGGUAUCAGCAGAAUGCACAAGUAGAAUAAAAAAAAUGUGUUAUGUAUAUAACUGACUGUUUUAUUGAGUAUGCCUGUUUUAAGAAAAGCUCCAGAAAAGUUGUUCUCAAAAGUGAUUAUAUCAAAGGGAUAUGGCUUUAAUACACCUCAGGAUGGCUCAGUGUGUAAGAUUAAAGUUAUUGCAGAUGAAAUGAGUAUUUUGACCAGUGUGGAUGAUACCCAAAUGAAAGAAAUAGUUGUUGGAGAUGUAGAUGAAUCUACUGAUCGAGUAAUUGAGGACUGCAUUCGGACUAUGAAAGAAGAAGAAGAAUGUUGUAUAAAAUUCCAACACCCUUGUUUACAUACUGAUUGUGUUAUUCCAGUUGAAAUGCAGGAUAAUGAAACAAAUGAGAGCCUUAUUGAAAGUACUGAAAUGGUGGACUUAGAAAACGAAUCAAAUAAUCUGUCACCGACUGAUACUGCUUCUGAGAGUAAAAUUGAAACUAAAGAAACAGUACAACAAAUAAAUGAGGCUUCUGAUUUAUCACUUGAAGCAAAACAAUCCACAGAAAACAAAUCAGAAGCAAAUGUGUGUGUUCCUUCCACUAAUGAAAAUGCAUCUAGUAAUUUAGUUGAAAUUCAAUUUCAGCUUUUGUCUUAUACACGAGAGCCUGAAAUAUGGGAAAUGAGCAUUACAGAAAAGUGGCGUAGAGCUAGUUACCAUAAACAGAGAGGUUUGGAAUUAUACUCACGAGGAGCAUACCAGUAUGCUUUUAGACGUUUUGGACUUACUUUCAAAUACGUCAUUUCUUUAGAACAUGAUAUUCCUUCUGGACAGGAGGAAGGUAUGGAUAUAAGAGGACUUAAAUUAUCAUGUUAUCUUAAUGUUGCUGCUUGCCAGAUGAGGCAUCAUAAUUUUGAAUCUGUUGUGAUCAACUCAACCAAAGCCCUAAUAAUACAACCUAAUAAUGCAAAAGCUCUUUAUAGACGUGGAGCUGCAUAUUUACAGUUACAAGAAUAUGAAAAGGCCAAGGAAGAUUUGUCAUCUGCUCAACAAUUAGAACCUAAGAAUCAGGCUGUAGCUAAGCAGAUGCAGAUUCUGAAAUGCAGAGUUCAGAAGCUAAAUCAGUAUUAUGCAAGUGCCAUGAAAAAACUGUUUUCUUAAUUAUUAAUAUAUAAUAUGUAGUUGAUCAUAAUGUUGAUGACAGGUUAGGAAAAAGUGCAUUGCUGAAGUAACUUUGCCAUUUGCUAAAUUUCAGAAUCUUUAAAAUGUAGGCAUGUGGAUUGCAAGUGUUUACUUACAGUUUGAACUUGAGCAUAGAUAUGUGAUAUUCAUUUUCAUGCAUUAAAUUAUUGUAAUUCAUGUAUUAUAUUGUCAUUAUCAAAAUAUUUAUAUGCAUUUUCUUGUUCAAUGUUGAAACUUGUUUGUUCUUUCUAUGUUUUUAAUUUGUUAAUAUGAGUGUUAUAUUUGAAAAGUUUAUUGGUAUAGAAUAAAAAGUUAUUUUGAAAGUUUAAUUACUUAUUGCAAAUAUUGUGAAGUUUUGAAAAACAGCUGUAGGAAUAUAUGUAUAAGUUUCUUGUUCUUUUGUUUUGUAAAAGUACUGUUAAUGUAUCCAUAACAAAAAAUAUAUAUAUAUAUAUAUACUUCCUCUCACUUCUUAAAUUUUCUGUUUUUACCUAUUAAGUUUCUCUACACUUGUAGAAAUGUAAUCAUAAAAAAGUGAUUGAAUUGCCUAAACAUAGUUUUUCAAGUUACCAGAUUUCUUACAUAAAUUUAUUCCCUGUGUUUUAACUAACAUGUGAGGAUCUUAUUCUGCUUUCAUUAAUUUAGUAAUGAAUAUUUGUAUAUAAUUUUUUUUAUAUAAAAUUCACCUAUCUUAACCAUUUUAGGUAUCUCGUGGUGUUCAUUAUAUAAAUAAAACUAAAUUGAGGCUGUAUUGCAGUAUAAAGUGUAAUUUGCUUACAUGUGUUCACAUUGUAAAAGUAUGUGAUAAAAACAGAGAUCUUCUAUGCAAAAGUAUUGUAAUAGAUUUGAGUAUGAAAAGAAAUAUUUUUAGCAAUUAUGUGUUAUUUUAAGCUCCUUAAAAUUUUAAGAUAUUUCAGAACUUUAAGAGUUUUAACAUUAUGAAUUAAAUACUGAUUAAAUUGCUUGUUCAAGUAACCUAAAAUACUCUCAUAACCUAAUAACAUAAAUGCCUGCAUUAUGUGUGUAUUGUGUAAAUAAUUAUUUCUAUACUUUUGCAUAAUUUUUGCAGUAGAAUUUCUAUAUAUAAAGUCAAGCAAAAAAAAAGCAGCUUUAGAUUGGCACAAACUUGAAACAUAAUUAAUUAUGCAUAAAUAAAUUUUUCCCAAUCUAAGGUUCUUCCUCCUUGCCUAAUUUGAAAUUUUGUGUCGGAGUGUCUCUUUCAGUUGGUUCCUGUUGGUUGAGGUUGCUAGCAAUAAUAAGCUGAAGUCUUAUCUGAAGUGUACACAAAUGAAUGACAUUUUUUAUGCAAGCAGUGGCCAGUAUGUAUUAUGCAUGAAACUUGUUUGGAGGUUCAUUCGUCUGACAGUUGCUAUCAUUUUACAAAAUAUAAACUGAAUAUCAAUGCAUGUGAAAUAGGUAGUAUGUGGCUACAAAAUUUUUUUAAAAAGUGGAUAUUUAGCAAAAAAAUUUUAUCUCCCAUAACUCAUAAAAACUUAAAAUGUACUUCAGUGCUUUCUGUAAAUGGUUAAUUCAAGUUUGGAAGAGAUAAGUUCCACUCCUCAACCAAUAUGGUCAUAAGAGCAUUGAAAUCAAGAGUAAUAGGAGGGGAAUUUCAUGAUGCAGCAGCUACUUGAAGAGUUUUCUUUGUGUUCUGUUUGGAAUUCAAAUGAGGACAUUUGUUUGGGCAGUUUAUUAGCUUAUUGUAUUCACUUGACUUAAGAAAUCCAUCAACCAGUUUUCCUUGUUGUGGACAUCCAUAAAAAGAUAAGAUCCAUGUGUACGUCUUAGAAAGCUUGACAUGACGUUUUGAAUAAUCAUCUCAAUAUAUGUAGGUAGAUAAUCCAUUGUCAAAGAUGUACAAGAAGUACAUCAAUUUUCAUAAUUCUCUCCAUUAUCUUCUUAACUGUUAUAUUCUCUAAUGCUGGUGUGAUUAUUUCAUGUCUGUGACUCCUUGUAAAUACAAAUGCUUAUUGGAAUGGUAUGAUGUGUGCAGCCCAGUUUCUAAUGGAUUUCCCUUAGGCAGAUAGCCCUGAUGUGUAUUCAGAUAACUUUGAAAUGAUAUAUUAAACCAAACCUUGAUAUUAAUUUGAAGGGAACACAAAUCCAUAAUUCUAGACUCUUAUAGUUUCUUUAUCAAAUCAUCCAAGCACCCAUUUAUUGUGAGGUCGGUGAAUUGCACACAAUUGUUUUCUGACAUGAAAGCUUUUUCAUUAAGCCUUCUGAAAAAAUUUGUCACAAUUUAAAAAUUUCAGUGGUGGCUGCAAACUGUUAACUCAGCAAAUAAAGCUCACAUGUUACUGUUAUGAUGAACAGUUUCAAAUGGAAACCAGUUUUGAAAAACAGCAUUUUCCCUUUUGAUCCAAUGUGUAGAACAACUAACUCAUAGAUUUAGUUUAUUUGGCAGAUAUGGAAAAAUAUAUGCACAGAAUUGCCAGAUUAUGAAUGUUUAAAAUACGAUAUAUUUUUUGCUAAAUGUUGGCAAUAAAACUGUAAAUUAAUGGAUUUAUUAUUUAAAGAAAUACCAUUGUGCAUCAUAUUAAAAACCAAAGACUGCAACAAAGUUACUAAAAUUUAAGCGAUUUUUCUUUCCUUUAAGGCAAUUAAUAUAAAUUUAAAAGUAAUUUGAUGGUGAAAAGUUGUUGACAGAAUGUUGCAUUCAUGUUUUGAUUAGAUUUGAGGACAUCCCACUGAAUUAUACUUUUCACUUCCUGCCAGACACUCAACAGCACCUUCUAGGAUGAAGCUCUUUAGAUUGUGAUGGAAGCACUUCAGACUCAUUCCUCCGACACUUCACGUUCCAAUUUAUAACUCAUUUCUCAUCCGUUACAAUCCAUAUCAAGAAGUGUUAAUUUUCAUAUCGAGAAAGUAAGGAAACACAUCUUAACUCACCUCUCUCAGUAAGCUGUAUUCAACUGAUGUGGAACACAGUGGUCGAACUUUGUAAUCAAAUGCAUAGCCUUAAGCCUUCUUUCCACUGUUAUUCUGUGUACCUGGAAGGUUUCUGUUUAUUCUACAGUUGGAUUCGGACUAACUGUUAGGGCUAGGUCCAGAUCAUCCUUGGAAAAUGCUGAUGGCCGCCCGGACCAUGUUUGAUCUUGGCAACUUCUGUCAUUGACCCUGAAUUUUGGAAACCAGCGAUGGCAUGUAUUUUCAUCAGCUGCAUUGUCUUCCCUACACUUGCCUGAUGCUGUGGAUGCCUAGGGCCGCAAUUCUGCCAUUGUCGAACUCAAAUAUUAAACAUCGUCUGAUGUGUUACUUUUUGUUCUCUAUUUAAUGGCACAGCAUUCUCUUCUGAGCCAGUUGUUCACACUCGCUUCCUGCUGCUGCCGUAAUGUUCUCCCGAUGACAUGACUCUUGAAACACCGUCUCAGUAUACCUUUCCCUAGCAACCUAUCGCUAGCAGGUAGAUCUUUUGCACGUGCCCAAUUAUAAGCAUAUUUAGGAUAGAAAGGGAAAAUAACCUAAUUCAAAAAGAGACUUAAGGAGCUAUUGCAAAAUAAAAUUAGAAUUUUAUCUUGCAUGUUCUUUACAUGCAUGUAUAAUUCCACGGACUUCAUAUGUAUAUCCACCAUAACAGAAGUAUUUUGUUUCUCUUCUAAUCAGUUUUUCAAAGAAGACACUUUUAAUAUAGAGUCAGUAAUAUUUGCUGCUCUGUUCUAAUUUUUUUUGCAACCAGAAAAGUAACAGUUAUGUUGAUGUCCAAAAUUAAAAUCAUGCAUUUUUUUUAAUUAUUUGAAAUAGCUACUAAUAUUUUAAAAAAUGAUGCCUUAUUUGAUUUGGGGAAUGGCAGAUAUACUGUAAGCAUCUAGUAGCUGUUAAAAUGUGUUAAAAGGAACAUUUUUUUAAGAAAACCUGUAAGUGACCGAUUUUCGAGUCUGUAACUCAUCAAUACGCUGUAAUAUCUUUUCACAGACUGACUGUUUCAGUUAAAAUGAAUUUUCUUAAUCAUUUAGAUGACAGAUUGAGAUGGAGAACCAUCAGUAGGUUUAAGGACUGCCAUUCUCAAAUGGAAGUCUCUGGAUGAUUACAAGUGUCUCGAAUGGUGUAUACACGUUAUGAUCUUAGUUCCAAACUCUAGGUACCAUUACCAGAAGACCUGGCUAAGGCUGUCUUAAGAGGCAUGGCACCUGCGGAGAAUUGGUACGGGGCAUUAAAUGUUGCUUGUCAUAGAAAGGUGAUUGAUAGAGCUCAGCUAAGACCUCAGUACUGCAUCUAGAACAACAGUUUCCAGGCAACUUGUAUGUAGAUGCAUAGCAGAGCAGGCCUUUUACGCUCAGCAGCCAACAACCGAUCGCAGAACAGUGCGCCUUUUCAGGAGCCAGCCAUACUAUUAUUGGAUGCAACAAAAAUAGGGAGCCGUGUUUUUCAGUGAUAUGAGUCGAGAUUCAGCAUAUAAAGGGAUUCUGGCAAGUCUAUCAUCCUUUCAACAUAAGGGAAAUCGACCACUUCUAUGAAAGUGGUAUCCUAGUCUAGGAAAACAUGCUGGGCAGCUGUGCAUCACAUUUCUUCAAUUCAGGUACUGCAGUCGCUUAGCCCUAUACAGAUAAGUUUCUUGAACGUUAUAUGAGAUUUCACUGGGGGGGAACUGUUGGAAGAAAUUUUAUACAUGAGGCUACGCUUGUAGAGAAAUAUGUCAUACAGCGAUAGCAGCACCCUCACCUGAAUAAAAGAUGCUAGACGGGAAUGGCGCAUUAAGCCAUAUCCUUUGAUUAGUAGAAUUUUCUGUAUGUUGAUUAAUUAACUGUACAUAUUGUAAAUAAAUGUUUAACCUUGCUUUGAAUCAGUUAUGCAUAUGAUGUUCUUCAUAUAGAAAGAUUGAUUUUAGAUACGGUAGAAGUUUCGCCGUAGAAUAAAAAACCCUUUCGCGACAACUCUAAGCUGAACUGGUCGACUUUCUGGAGGAGAGAGUAUUCAUCCUAUGAUGUGUCUAGAGGAGUCGCCUGGCCUAAGUCCUUGGACUGCAUUACGACAAGCUUGAGCUGGCUGCCCAAAAGAAUAGAUGAUUUUGUGAAUUAACGCUGAUUUUUGUUGUUUGACUUCUGAAUCAGAAUAGAUGCUGUCGUGGAACACGCUUUAAGGGAAACCGGUUUGUACUCAUGUUAAACAUGGGGAAAACCAAGAAAUCUCGCAUGCAGACAGCCCGUUUGCCGGGAGAUAAAACUGGAUCGGACUACCAAUGUUUAGUUGUCUUACCUCUUGGCCGCUGGUGAGUAUGUAGUUGACAGAAUUUUCAACUUCAGAGCUAAAAGUAGUGUGUUUUUGCCAUAUCAGAAUGGUAAAUUAUACAUAAAUUCGGUAAGAGUGUGAAUAAAUUCUAAAAAAAGAAAAGAAUUUAGAGCAACAAAGCUGUGUAACUCUUCAGAAUGCUGGAAGAUAUGCUACUUGUCUGUAUAAUUUGUAGAGGGGGCUAUUAAACCAGCAUAUCGCAAAGUUUUAAACUGCUGCCAAUAGACAUUUGAAAAUAUUAAGAAUCAUUUUUAUAUGUUUUUAUCCAUAUAUCAAAUUAUAAUAUAUUUAUGUAUUUAUUUCACUAUAAAAAUAUUUAAAAAAUUUU